CCAGAGUACCUCAGUAAUGCUUUGCAUGGCCAGCUAGCCGCAACUCGGCAGUCGUGUAGCUGAGAGUCGCGACGUAUAUUUAUCGUUUAACUCGGUGUGGACAUCGUGUUGUGUGAUAUGUAUUAUUAUUAUUAUUAUUAUUAUUAUUAUUAUAUUACGAGAUGAGGACGAAGAGAGUUGGUGACGAAUAAAGGAGAAAUUAAAGGACCGUAUAUAAUAUUAUUGAUGGUUGAACGGUGAAUUAAAAUACACUGUGUUUCAACGAUACAGAGAGAUAUAUUUUUCGGGCGUGGAUCCAAUCAUUUUCUUCUUCUUGAACGGAGUUUCGAACGACUAGGACAACAACAGACAAAUAGAACUUCGAACUCAAAUAUUGUGUUUUCACGUUGAUGAGACAAAUAAAAAGAAAUUAUUGAAGUUAUCAAAUAUAGUCGUGAGUUUAAAGAAAGACAGUGGGACACAUCUGUGCUUGUAACGUGUGAUAAAUGUAAGGAUUGAUAACUUUAAAAAAAGAAGAAGAAGCCGGAUCAGUGGACGGACGGCAGCGACUACGCUCGCUGCGGCCCUGGUGGAAUCUCGAUUCCACCCCAAACGUGUUUCCUCACUUGAGAACCGAGCUACCAUCGAGACUAACUGUGUAUGGUGCACGAGCGAAUCAAGAUGCUGUCGUCGGUGCCAGCGAAAUAAUAAUGUGGUGCGACGUUGGUCAGGUGUAGGAAGAACUGACGUAACAUCUCCAUUUUCCUUUCGUGGAAAGUUACGCGACGACGGUGGCGCCUCUGACGUACGACUAGACGACUUUCAAAAUAGAAAGGCCCGCCACUUUGAAAAUAGGUUUCGAAAUAUACGUGGCCAGACGCUUGAUCCCUUUCGAAUGUGCGUGCGGCCUCUAAAAUAGGGAGGAAGAGAGAAGCUUGACGAAAUGGAAGGAAAGAGGAGGAAGAAGAGGAAGGAGAAGAAGCAGCAAAGAAGAAGAACGAACGAACGAGUGGAAGAGAGUUGUGCAAUGAUGGGUCUGCAGGCCACGGCAGGAAAACGUAAACUGGAGGGAGGUGUGGGCUGCAUGGAGUUCGAUAUGGACAUGGGCGAAAGCCCAUCAAAGUUAGGUCGCGUUGAGGGUAGUUGGUGGGCUAUGGAAGAUAGCUAUACACCGCCACUCAGUCAGACACAAGCAUCUUAUUAUGAUAUGGAAGUAUCAUCGCCCUGCUUGCAAGCUAAUCCCUGUCAACCGACAUCGGGGAGUAAUCAACAACAGCAACAGCAGCAGCAACAACAACAACAUUCGACGUCGCAGCAACAACAGCAGCAACAACACUCGACGUCUCAACAACAGCAGCAACAGCAGCAGCAACAACAACAGCAACAGCAACAACAGCAAUCGUCAACAUCCCCGUCGGCAGCAAAUGCCUCUACGGUGACGCAGCUGCACCAUCACGCGCAACAUUACUACCAUCAACGCGGUGCCUCCAGUAGUCCGAUUGGUAACAACGGUUACAACCAAUUGUCGAGGCCUCAACCUCAAUGGGGAACUUCCCAUCAUUACGAACCGCCAACGAUAAGACGCGAAGAGAACGGGAAGAGCUACCUAGAGUUGGGUUCAAGUUACCGCGCGAACGAAAGGUGCUGCGAAGGCUCCAGGUCGAGUUGGUGUCGACGAGGUAGAGCCUGCUAUCGGCAGAGACGAAUGACCGUCCUCAACAUCUCUAUGUGUAAAUUGGCCAAGUACCGUCAGUUCCCCGAUCCCAGUUUACAUCGGUCGGUCCUCAUUUGCAAUACCCUGAGGUAUUUGGAGCGCGAGAUGGAGAGGGACAGGAGUCCACCCCCCAUGGAGCCGAUAAUACCCGCGCCUAUUGCGCAGCUUCAACCACCCGAACAGGGCAGGUUAACCCCAUUCCCGAUGCCACCAACUUCUUCCGGGGAGACGGAUGCGGACUCGGGUAUCGGCGAUAGUGACGAUAGUAGAUCGAUCAAUUGGGGUAGUGUGCUAUCGCUUUCCAGUCAGUCACCUCUUGAUCCACUCAACAAUAACGAGCUUCUCGACGUUGACAUCGGACCAGACUUGGAACUCGACUUUAUGCCUGGAUGGAAAUUAACUCCUCUAUCGGCGGACGAUAUUCUUAGGAGUACGACGAUACAGGAACAGCAGCAACAGCAGCAGCAACAACAACACCAACAACAACAACAACAACAGCAGCAGCAGCAACAACAGCAUCAUCAUAAUCACCACCACCACCAUCAUCAACACCAACAGCACCAGCAACAGCAACAACAACAGCAACUGCAACAUUUAACCUCAUCGAGCUGUGGUAGCACAAACGUGGGUGGUUCAGGUGUAAAUAACGCGAGCAGCAGUAGUACGCACGAAUCGCUUAUGUGCGUAGGAUCAUAGCCCCCAAUAUUAACAUCGUUGAGUCAUCUCAUCGAUUUCUAUCCCCUGACACCGCAAGGCAAAUAAAGAGCGAUUGUCAUGGGUCCCCUCCACACAAACACAUAUAGAGAAACAAAAAAUGAAAGAAGGAAGGAAGAAGAGGCAUUUGGGCCUCUUAAUUCGGACCGUUCGAUCCCGUCCUCACAAAACUUGUGCCUCCAUCUGCAAACGUCAUCAUCUUCGAGAACGUUUCUUCGGUUGCUCACAUCAAUAACGAGCUUCGAAUUUAAGAGCAUCCGUCGAAUGGCGUUAGAAAAAACACUUACCGAGGACGUUAUACACGGGACCGAACUAGAACGAGUGAAAGUAUGGAAUAUAGAAAUGAUAUAAAAAGUGAUAAACGGAAGAAGAAGAAGAAGAAUAAAAGGAGGAAGAAGUGGAUCAGAGCUCUCAACGUCCACGCCCCCGGGCCGGCGAUGCGGUAGACGAAGAGAGUACCAAAGGAAAGAAUGAGAAAGAGAGGAAGAGAAAGAAAGAGGGAAAAAGAUUUUUGAACAGCUUGCAUUUUUUUUUAUUUUCCCAGUCGAUUGCUACGGGAAUUGACAAAAAUCCAGAACCUUCUACUAGACUCCUGUUCCUCCUCCCACUCCUUAACCCCCUCCUUCUCUUCUUCCCUACUACUCGAAAGUCCCAGAAGAAUCGAUAGACGUGGUAUCGCUCGCCUAGCCGGCCGGCGUUGAGAACUCUCCGUCGAUUAAUCGUAAGUCGCACGAAGAAGAAAAAGUAGAAGAUAAWGAAGAAGAAGAAAAAGAAGAAAAAGUAGUAGAAGAAGUAGAAGAAAAGACACGUGAACCCCUGUGGUGAGAAAAAAAAAUAGGGGUGUGUUGUAUGCGAAAACGAUCACGACCGCCGUGGCCUAUAUCUUUUAAGAGACGUCCUACGUACGACGCAUGGAUGAGAUAAUUAAAAUAGAAACGGACACACAUGCGUGUGUGCGUGCGUUCAUAUGCGCGCGCACGCAUACAUUUCUCUCAACGCUUAUGGUGCUAGGGGUUGCGCGAGCCAACCUUGCUGGCUACGAAACCUGGUGCUCUUUCUUUAUCGAGAAACAGCUAACACAAACGAAAGAGCUGAACUGUCUCUCUUUUUUUUUAAUUUUCUCACUUCUCUCUUUCUAGCUCUUUACUCACUCACGCACUCUCUCUCUCUCUCUCUCUCUCUCUCUCUCUCUCUCUCUAAUUCAUCAUUGAAUAUUUAGAUUAAUUCUGAAUAUCAUGUUGCGUCUCCCCGAGUCGAUGAUAGUUUGAGUUCGAGAUAGAAAUAAUUUAAAGAAAAAAAAGAAAGAGAGAUAGAGAGUGAAUGGAGAGGAUGGUGGAGGAAGAGAAAGAGAAAGGGAGGGAUUGAGGGAAAGAAGGAAUGAAGGUCGGAUCGUGGCGGCGCGUGCCGAUCCUUGAAACGGGAAAUCCCCCCCGCCGCCUUACGAUUCCGACGCGCGACGCUAAACAAUUACGUACCUGCACAUUUCGAGAUAUCGGGAUAAUAGAAAAAAAAAGUUGUUACCCUCCCCCGAUGGGUGUAGUUAGCGAUGGCCACCCUCGCGCCACUGAUCUCCCCGUAAUAAUGUAUCAUAAUGUAUCUAUGUACACACACGUAUAUAAACCAAGCGUGGCCCCGCUUGCCACACGCCCAAGCCGGAGGAGGGAAACUUGCUCGAUAAAAUGACGAUGACCGAUGACGACGAGAAUGAGAAUUUAGUCAAGAAUAAGAAAAAAAAAUGCAUAAGAAAAUGUCUAUUCUCGUUCGUCUAAACUUGGCAGCAGAGACGUGACUCUUGUCGGUGCGAUAUCAAAAAAAAAAAAUAAAUAAAUAAAUCUAUCGAAAUCUUGGACUCGGAUUGAUUGUUGUGUUUUUCACAUAUU